AUCAACAUUCAGAGUGAAGGUUUGUGUUGUACGUGGAGGAUAAAACGCUGACGGACAAUGUAAAGACAAAGAGACAAAGAUCCCUCUGAGCAGCAGUUCAAGAAGAAGAGAAGAAGAAAAGCAAGAAGCUGAGCAUCAACAUGUGCAGAUUUAAACAGGAGCAGUGGGCGUGGCUUAUAGAAGUCCCUUUCAAUAUGUCAAACGUUGUAUUUCCUAAUGUGAUGUUCAUGGGCACAUGUUGUGUCUUCAAAGUGUCCAAUUCAUUUAAUCUUGGUUUAUAAUGAACGAUACAAUAUAUAUACAACCACAAACCUAUAAACAACCGAACGCUGAUACAUGCAGCGUGUUACAUCUAAAUGCUAAAACGUUGUUUUCUCAAUAAGUCGACUUCACUGGUUUGUAAAUGAAGGAAAUUAACAUAUUUUACUGGAACGAAUCUGAUGAAGACACGUUUGUGUUUUCUUAACAACGAUGAAGGACUUUGGAAUGAAGCUCAACCUGACAAACUGUCAUGAUGAAGCUCCGCCCAUCAGCUGACUCACCUGAGACAAACAGGAAACAGGUUGUUAUUCUCACUGAGACGACACACACACACACACACACACACACACACGGAGAGACGGACGGUAAGAUCCACCUUCACACUGAAAGCACCACUUCCACUGAGAGAGGAGCUGCAGGAGGAAUACUGGAAUACUUCCACUUCAAGCAGCUGCUGAAUCCACACACUGAACCAGAGUUUUACAAAGUGAAGUAACUUUCAGGGAACAGGGAGCGGCUGAGCGUCUGUGUUUCCUGCUUCACUCAGAGACUAAAUGGCUUCCAGAUUAGAGGAAGAUCUCUGCUGUUCUGUCUGCCAUGAAGUCUUUAAAGAUCCUGUUGUUCUGUCGUGCAGCCACAGCUUCUGUAAAGGCUGUCUGCAGAGCUGGUGGACGGGGAAACAAAUACGUGAGUGUCCACUUUGUAAGAGAAGAUCUUCAAUGGAACCACCUUUAAACUUGGUGUUAAAGAACCUGUGUGAGAGUUUCUUACAGGAGAGAGAUCAGAGAGCUUCAGAGGAUCUCUGCAGUCUGCACGCUGAGAAACUCAAACUCUUCUGUCUGGACCAUCAGCAGCCAGUGUGUGUCGUCUGCAGAGAUUCAGAGGAACACAGCGACCACAGAUUCAGACCCAUCGAUGAAGCUGCACGACAACACAAGAAGGAACUUCAGGAAACUCUGCAGCCCUUAAAGAAGAAGUUAGAGGCUUUAGAAGAAGUUAAAGUGAAGUCUGAUCAAACAGCAGGACACAUGAAGGUCCAGGCCCGACGCACAGAGACGCAGAUUAAGGAGCAGUUUAAGAAGCUGCACCAGUUUCUAGAAGAGGAAGAGGAGGCCAGGAUGGCUGCACUGAGGGAGGAAGAGGAGCAGAAGAGUGUGAUGAUGAAGGAGAAGAUGGAGGCUCUGAGCAGAGAGAUAGCAGCUCUUUCACACACAGUCAGAGCCACAGAGGAGCAGCUGAGAGCUGAAGACGUCUCAUUCCUGCACAGCUACAGGACUGCAGUGCAGAGAGUCCAGCUGCAGCGCCCCCUGCUGGAGGCUCCACAGCUGCUCUCAGGACCUCUGAUAGACCAGGCCAAACACCUGGGCAACCUCACCUUCAACAUCUGGAACAAGAUGAAGGAGAUGGUCUCCUACUCUCCUCUGAUUCUGGACCCAAACACUGCUGGUCCAGGACUCAUCCUGUCUGAAGAUCUGACCAGUGUGAGACGAGGAGAGAGACAGCAGCUUCCUGAUAAUCCAGAGAGGUUUGAGAGUCCCUGCUCUGUCCUGAGCUCUGAGGGCUUUAACUCAGGGACUCACAGCUGGGACGUCCAGGUUGGAGACAGUACAGGCUGGUCACUGGGUUUGUUAGCAGAGUCUGUCCAGAGGAAGGGAUACAUACAGUCUGAAGCAUGGAGACUAUGGUUCUAUGAUGGUGACUACAGAGCAUCCUCUCCAUCACAUCCAGUCACUGUUCUCUCAGUGCAGAAGAAGCUCCAGAGGAUCCGAGUGAAUCUGGACUGGAACAGAGGGAAGUUGUCGUUCUCUGAUGCUGACACUAACACACACAUACACACCUUCACACACACUUUCACUGAGAGAAACCUGGAUCAGUUCAACAUUAGUCUUUUAUUUCUUUAGCUUUAUUUAGUAACGUGAUCCAGAUGAACUCAGUAAAGUUGGAGCAGAAAGCAGGUUCACUGCUGUGUCUACACACAUUACUGAUGGAACAUCACAAACUACACUUCAGGGGAACUUUGUACAAUAUUUAACUAGAUUUCAUAUUUCUGCACCUGUCAAUCAGCUUGUGAUUGACAGGUCACAUGGAUGUUGGUGGUGGGAGGAGCUACGAUCACCUUGUUGAUUAUGUCUUUAAAGGGAAGUUUGUGUGUAUUUGAACUGCAGGUGAAACUUGAUCCUCGUUGAUUUGUUUGUUGGUGUAAAGUGUUAAAGACAUUUGAUUUGAUCCGUCUGUUCUUUGUAACUCAAAUGAGAUUAAAGCCUCAGCUGGAAGCUGAAAGUGUCAUGAAGCAGAAACUGAGGCUGCUUUUGUUUCUAAUGUUGUAACUUUACAAUGUAAGGCUGAAGAGUUGCUCUUAUAGUCCUCAAUAAAACGGUCACA